CUUGGGUUUUGAUCAAUCAGAAACUAAUUAGUGAGGCUACAAAUUACAAGCAAGACAGCACAACUUUGCCCGACAAAAGAGUAGGGAGAAAUUAGACUAUUUUUUAUACGGAAAUGAUUAAAAAAUAGACUGCUCUAUACGGAGGUAUUCACCCAGAAAGUACGGGUCAUCCGGCAAUCUUUGGCACUCGUUUAUGGACAAGCCGCACCGAACGUCGGAGAACACGCCGGAGCAGGAGGCACGUUGGAGCACGUGGGAGGAACUGCUGUUAGCUUGUGCCGUCAACCGCCACGGCACCAAAAAUUGGGACUGCGUCGCCGUCGAACUCCAGAAACGGAGCUCCGUUCCGAUGAUGACGCUGUCGCCUGAAAGCUGUAAACUGAAAUACUUCCAUCUCACGCGCCGUUUUUAUUCCGGCGGAGUCAACGGUGUCGGUGAUGAGCAUAGUGAACGAACUGAGACGGCUGCCCCUUUGCUAGAGGAGUUGCGGAAGGUCCGAGUCGCUGAAUUGAAACGCGAAGUUGAGCGCUAUGACCUCUCCAUCCUGUAAUUCGCAUAUUCCCAUACAUUCAUCUGCAUAAAUAUGUAUCGAAAUUUGAAGAUCUGAAUGAUGAUUCCUUUGUUUUGCUGAAGAAAAGUGAAAUAUCUCUGAUUGUGAUCUAGGUCUCUGCAAUCGAAGGUGAGGACGCUGACGGAGGAGAGAGAUCGGAGUCUCCCGGAGGGUGAGAGCUCAGAUCUGGUGAUUAGUGGUGAGAAUCGAGAAAUCCGAAGUGAGAAUAAAAACGAAGGUCACGCUGUGACCACACCGGAAUCGAACGCCGGAGAGCCACUGACCGGCGAGAAGGACCAACAGUCAGUGAAUGCAUCGAAUUCAACGGACCAAAAAGACGUAAACAAUCGAAUUGGCGCAAAGGACGAUCGGAAAAACCCCGGGGCGGCACGAACUGGAAAUGGAGAAGAUGAACCGCUCAAAGAAGUAGAGGGUAAACCGGGUUCAUGUAAUUGCAGCUCCAACAGCGUGGAGGAGAAUCCGGUUCUGGAGGCGGUGAAAGCAGAACCGGUGACGGACUCGGGUGACGUGUUCGAAUCGGUAGCAGAGUCAAAAGGCAGGGAGGAGGGUACGAAGGAGAACUCUGAUGUGCAGAGCUCAGUUAGCAAAUCGAGGAAUACAGAUAAUUCCGACAGAGCGAAUUCGCGUAGUCGCAGCUGCCAUGAGCGUGGGCACACGAAUGGCUCUCCCACCGCAAAAGCGACGCCUGCUGCAUACCAGCCGUUCAUCAAAUUUCUCCGAAAGAUUGAAAGCCAUAGGCACGGUUAUUUGUUCACGCGCCAGCUCGAAAGCCAGCAAACAGAAGAUUACAAGCUUUUAAUCAGACAACAUAUUGAUCUUGAAAUGAUUCGAACAUGGCUUGAAGAAGGACAUUACAUAGAUUUCAAAGCCAAAUUCUUUCGUGAUUUACUGGUGCUAGUAAACAACGCCAUCAUUUUCUUCAGGAAGAAGAAUACAUCUGAAUUCACUGCAGCGAUAGAGCUUCGACAGCUCAUCUCCAUGGAGAUGUCAAGAGCCAAGCUCUAUUCCCCGCCCUUAAAGCAGAAGUCUAUUAUAAAGCUAAAACCAUUCCGUAAGGAAGAAGAAAAUCCUAAGCACUCCUCUAAAGAGGAUCCAAAAUCAUUGGUUGUUUGCCAUAAGCGUAGUUCUAUUGUUCAUCCAAAAUCAUCAAGAUCUUCCUCUGGAGUUGAUAAAAAAGAUCAAAUGGUAGUUGGACCAGACGAUAGACCAAUUAUCACUAAGAAGAGAACGCGAGAAACCAGAACCGAGAAUAAUUUCGCCAGCACCAACCCUAGCAAAAUAUCAGCUGCAGUUGUUCCAGAAAAGUCCCAAAGAAAGCGAGAGAAUAAACCGCCCAAAAGUGAGAAUAAUAACGAUGAUAACAAGAUUGUCCAAUCUAACACUGACUUGAAGAAACGAGGUGCAGCCAAUUUCCUAAAUAGAAUGAAGCAGAGCUCUUCUUCAAACAGCGGAUCACUCAUUCAUGCACUGAAGAGCACCCCACUCAGCGUUGAUGAUAGCAAGGAAAAAGAAAAGAAAAGCCUUCCAAAGAAGGUCUCUGAUAGGCCACCAAAGAGAGCUGCAGCUCCUACUCCUCAAUUGAGUAAACGAAAUUUCGAGUUGGAUCAAUCUGAGCCGUUGGCUACAAAACACGCAAAGAAAAGAUCAAAGAGGUGAGAUCAUAUAUAGGAAUUGCCUGCCAAGGUACCUUUCUUUAUGGAUCAUUUACCUCAGGGAGGGAGCUGGGGGGAGCUGCCAUUCACUUGAUUUUGUUAGACUAUAUCUCUGUGCUAAUUUUUUUUGUAAAAUCUUUAAUGAAUUUGAAAAUUCACCCCGAAAUUGGAAAAAAUUAAUUCACAUCCUGCAGUGUGAAAUGCUUUCUCCGUCCCUAAUUUAUUUAGUAAUCCUUCCCUAAGGAACGAUGGAUUGGAAAGAAAAGAGGAAACACAACUACAGAUUGGUAUGUAGCCUUGGAUAAAAUGUAUGUAUCAACUAGGCCAGAAUGGUGAUAUUCGAGUUUCAGGGCACUAUUGGAUUAAUGCUCCAGGUUCCAAAGAUCCAUAUGGCCAAAUCAUUAUUAUCAUUUAACAUUGUGUCUCAAGUUGCAUAAUCUUUAGAUAGUAAUUGAAGUCAUUUGUUGUAUACGGUCUACACUUUUUUAUGCACAAUCACUCGUUGAGCAUUUGCUAUUCCAAUGUUUUGACAUGUUAUUUUUGGAGCUUUGGAUUAAAUUCAGUGCAAGACACUUGUUGAAGAUUUGAAUGUUGAAUUUAUACUGUUGUUGCCGCGCUGACAUGGUUGGC